AUUGGGGGAUAAUUAGAUUUAAUUUUCAUUUAUCAAUCUUAUGUUCGACCCCACGUGGAUAAAAGCGAAUACGCGUCAAUUAGAUAUUUUGCGCAGAUAAUAGUUUAUUAAUAAGAUACCGGUGGGGCCAAUAUCUGGAAUCGCGUGUAAUCCGUUCAGAAGCGCUGCUGGGAAUAUAUAAAAGGAAGCGUUAAAUCCGAAUGCAGUCAAACCGAUCACCGAAAUGAAUGGUCUCGCAGUUCUAAGCCUAGCUGCGCUCUUAGCAGGAGUCUAUUGUCAGUUCGAUACCCAUCAGUGGGACAACAGGAACACCAUUGUUCAUCUUUUUGAGUGGAAGUGGGAUGACAUCGCUGAUGAAUGUGAACGCUUCUUAGCCCCGAAAGGAUAUGGAGGAGUUCAGGUUUCACCCGUGAAUGAAAACAUCGUUGUCGCCUCCCGACCGUGGUGGGAGCGCUACCAACCAAUUUCUUACAAAUUGGUCACCCGUUCUGGUAAUGAAGAACAAUUCGCUAACAUGGUGAGGCGUUGUAAUGCUGUCGGUGUAAGGAUUUACGUUGAUGUCGUUUUCAACCACAUGGCUGCCGAUAGUAGCAAUCCUGUGGGAACUGGAGGAACCACUGCUGAUCCAGCGAGCAAGAGCUUCCCCGGUGUACCAUACAGUUCACUUGACUUCCACCCUACUUGCUCCAUCGAAAGCUACGGAGACGUUUUCCAAAUCAGAAACUGUGAAUUGGUUGGACUCAAGGAUCUGGAUCAUAGUAAGGAGUGGGUUCGCGACAGAAUUGUUGAUUUUCUCGAUCACUUGGUUGAUUUGGGAGUUGCUGGAUUCCGUGUUGAUGCCGCCAAGCACAUGUGGCCUGGCGAUUUGGCGGUUAUCUACUCCAGAGUUAAGAAUUUGAACACUGAUUUCGGCUACCCUCCUAACUCACGACCAUUCAUUGUCCAAGAAGUUAUUGAUCUUGGUGGAGAGGCUAUUUCAAAAGAUGAAUAUACUGGCCUGGGAGCAGUCACUGAAUUCAGAUUUUCCAGAGAACUUGGUCGUGUAUUCCGUGGAUACAAUCCAAUGAAAUGGCUCGUUAACUGGGGUCCUGAAUGGGGACUAACCCAAUCAGAUCGCGCUCUCGUGUUUAUUGACAACCACGACAAUCAACGAGACGGAGGAGACAUUCUAACCUAUAAGACCUCAAAACAAUACAAAAUGGCUAUCGCUUUUAAAUUGGCUCAUCCUUAUGGUAUUACUCGCAUCAUGAGUUCCUACGAUUUCUCUGACAAGGACCAACCUCCACCAACUAAUGAUGGUGGAAAUACCAUUCUAUCACCGAAAAUCAAUGAAGAUGGUACUUGCGGAAAUGGAUGGGUCUGUGAACAUCGUUGGAGACAAAUUUACAACAUGGUCGGAUUUAAGAAUGCUGUCCGUGGUACUGGCUUGAAUGAUUGGUGGGAUAAUGGAAACUACCAGAUCGCUUUCUGCCGAGGAGGAAGUGGCUUCAUUGCUUUCAAUUUGGAGAGUUAUGAUUUGAAUCAAACUUUCCAAACAUGUCUCUCACCCGGAACUUAUUGCGAUGUGAUCUCGGGAUCGAAGAUUGAUGGUAAAUGUACUGGAAAGAAAGUUGAAGUUGGCAAUUAUGGAUGGGCUAACAUCUACAUUGGGGCUAGCGAAAAUGAUGGUGUUUUGGCUAUCCAUAAGGAUGCGAAAUUGUAAAUACUUUGAAUACACGGACUCUUGAAAAGUAA